CCCCCCUUUUUUUUUCUUUUCCUCUCCUCUUCAAAAACCCUUCUUUCGCCUCCCUCUCUUCCUCUCUAUUAAUUAUUUAUUUUUUUUUCUUCACAAUUACUUUAUCAAAUCACAAUAACAACAACAACUGUGAAAAAAGCGACAAAGGGACUAACUCCAAAACAACACUUAUAAAUAUAUUGUAUUUUUUUAAACCUUCCGUAUCUAUUUUAAAUCUUUCUCUCUCCAUCUAUCUUGAAUCCAAUCACAAACGCUCACCAUGAGUGGAGGCAAUAUCAAAGUUGUUGUUCGCUGUCGUCCGAUGAAUUCGCGAGAACUUGCACGUGGCGCAGAGUGCUUGAUUCAAAUGAACGGAAACCAGACGGUGAUACGCAAACCGGAAGAUAUGAAAACGGGAACGCAAGACGAUGUCAAGCCAUUCACGUUCGACAAAUCAUACUGGUCAGCGGACAAGGCGGACCCAUCUUAUGCCGAUCAGGAGCAGGUCUUUAAUGAUUUGGGUGUCGAGUUACUCGACCACGCUUUUAAUGGUUACAACUGCUGUAUUUUUGCUUAUGGUCAAACGGGCUCGGGAAAAUCGUAUUCAAUGAUGGGUUAUGGUGAAGACAAGGGCAUCACACCACGAACAUGCUCAGAACUGUUCAACCGUAUCGAUGCCAUUUCCGACGAACGAACAACCUGUCGUGUCGAAGUAUCCUACAUUGAAAUCUACAACGAAAAAGUGCGCGACUUGUUGAAUCCCAAAAACAAGUCCAAUCUCAAAGUGCGCGAGCAUCCGAGCUUAGGCCCUUAUGUUGAAGAUCUUUCCAAGAUGGCAGUUAACUCGUUUGAUAAAAUCAAUCAGUUGAUGGAUGAAGGAAACAAGGCACGCACGGUCGCAGCAACCAACAUGAACGCGACAUCAUCUCGGUCCCAUGGUGUUUUCACAUUGAUCCUAACCCAGACACGCAAAGACGACGUGACCAACUUGGAGACCGAAAAAGUCGCUCGUAUCAGUCUUGUCGAUUUGGCCGGAAGUGAACGUGCCAACAGUACAGGCGCGACAGGUGCUCGGUUGAAAGAAGGCGCCAACAUCAACCGAUCACUGACGACGCUGGGUAAAGUCAUUGCUGGUCUGGCUGAGCAAUCGAUGCAGGAGGCACCAAAGAAGGGCCGUAAAGCAAAGGAAGUAUUUGUUCCUUAUCGUGACUCGGUGCUGACCUGGCUACUAAAAGAUUCGCUCGGUGGCAACUCGAAAACAGCCAUGAUUGCAGCCAUUUCACCUGCAGAUUACGACGAGACGCUGAGUACGCUACGCUACGCAGACCAGGCCAAAAAGAUCAAGAACAAGGCCGUUGUCAACGAAGAUCCCAACGCCAAAGUCAUCCGCGAGCUCAAGGAAGAGCUUGAUUUGUUGCGCAGCCGUCUACAUGUGUAUGCUCCCGAGGUUGCCGAGCAAUUAGCAGCCCAAAGUACAUACAAAGGCAAUUCACCAGCCAGCAAAAGCAGCGAUCGUACGAAAUCAGGCGAUGCAGCUACUACUGCCGCAGCCCUAUCCAGUAUGCCCAAUGGAUCACAGGAGAUUGAGGUUACCGAUAGUAGCGGCACUGUCCGCAAGAUGACGCAGCAACAAAUCGUCGAACAGCUCACGUCAUCCGAAAAACUACUAGCCAAUCUCAACGAGACAUGGGAAGACAAGCUCAAAAAGACGGAAGAGAUCCAAGUCGAGCGCGAACGUGCACUGGAAGAACUCGGCAUCACAGUGUACAAGAACAAUGUGGGCGUCUACACGCCCAAAAAGAUGCCGCAUUUGGUCAACUUGAGCGAAGACCCGCUCAUGUCCGAAUGUCUCGUGUAUCAGCUCAAGCCAGGCAACACGCGUGUGGGCAAAGAAGGCAGCGAUACGCCAGCAGAAAUUCGACUUUCCGGCAGCAAUAUCCAAGAAGAACACUGUGUCUUUGAAAACGGGAAUGGCACGGUCACGCUACAUCCAAACGAAGGCUCGCUAACCAUGGUCAAUGGGAUGCGGAUUGCAGAGCCACGACGACUCAAGAGCGGUUACCGCAUCAUUCUGGGCGACUAUCACUUUUUCCGUUUCAACCAUCCAGAAGAAGUGCGACGCGAGCGCGAUCGACAGAAAUCUGUGAUUCUUUCGGGUGGCAUCAACACCAGCAGUAGCAACGUCAACGGAAGCAUGGGGCCACCCACACCUGGCAUUGUCUUGGACGAACAGCCCUGGCCGACCACACCCCUUGGCGAUAGCAACACGCUGUAUUCUGAACCGAGCGAUAUCAACUAUGCCAAGAUGGAGAACGGGGGAAGCAAGUACUAUGCUAACGAGAUCCAAGGCCUCAAGGACGACGAACUCGACAAGCUGUACGGCGAUAUCUCGCGAAUUCGUAAUUCGCGACGAUCCAGGCCGGUAAGCCGAGCUACUAUUGCAGGCGACGACGAUGACGGAUCAUCUAAAGAUUCCAUUCGGAACUCUAUGGCUACGACUACGAUCGUCGACCUGGAGAGCGUCUGCACGGAUACAACGUUUGUGCACAGCAGUAAUAACGAGGUGGAGGAUCGCAUGAAACUCGAACGGGACAAGUUGCAAAAGGUCCUCGAUGAACAAAAGCAAUUUUACGAAACGCGGAUCAGUCGCAUGUCGAUGCAGCUUCUGCACCCACCUCAGCAACAGUCACAGCCAGAAUUUACGGAUCUAGAAAAGGCAUAUGCUCUAAAGGCGAUCAAGAACUGGAAAUCGAUGCGUCGAGUAUCUAUGGCAGAGGAUAUCUUGACCCAAGCCGUGGUGCUCAAGGAAGCGAAUAUCAUCGCCAGACAGUUUGGUAAGGAUGCUGUGUAUCAAUUUACGAUUGUCGAGGAAGGUCAAUUUGCAAAUCCAGCAUCGUAUUGGGAAAGCACGACGCCGAGUGUGUUGCAUGAUAUCCAAGAAGACGACGAUACGGCUCUGACGGAGUGUAACAAGCCUUGCAUCGGCGUGCGUGUGAUUGAUCGCAAAAAUAACACCAUGCAUGUAUGGUCGCUUGAUAAACUCAAGGCCCGGCUGAAAAAGAUGCGCGACCUCAGCAAUUUUAUGGAUAAGCCAAUGUAUCGCAAACAUCUCAACUAUGAGGACCCGUUCUUUGAGAACCCGUCUCGCAAAUACAACUUGAUCGGUAGUGCAGCAACAAGUGCCCGUAACUUGAUAUCUCAGCAAGCGUACGAGAGUUGCAUUGCUGUGAUCUGUCGCACAACUGGCCAGGUGAGGGGUAAAUUACGGGUACUGAUCUCGCCUAUUGCUCGAACGUCGCAGAACAACCGCAACAGCAUGGUUGCCGCCGGCAACAACGGCAGCCCAACAACACCAACACCGUCCACAGCCCUUGCUGCGGGCCAACAGAUCAUGUUUGAAGUACGCUUGCUGGAAUUGAGCGGCAUUAGUGAAGAAGACUUCACAAAGGUGCAUGUUCAGUUUCGUCUAUCGUCGUUUGGCAGCAUUCCAGUACACUCAGCUGCCGAAAAAACGUUUGCCACGGAUCCAGUCAGCGGGUUUGGUGACAAGCCCAUCGAUCUGGAUCACAGCCAGACACUUUCGGUUUCAGUAACGGAGACGAUGCUCGAUGUGCUCAUGAACGGCAUGGUAUCAUUCGAAGUCUAUGGCAAGUUCCAGCCACGUGCAAUAAAACAGAUUGAACGAUGGGAUGAGCAACGCGAGAACCCACGACUCAAGCUCGGUCGAUCCGUGGGUGUUCGACCCAACAACAACAAUAGCAGCAACGGCGUAGCCUAUGGUCGAUGCGCAGAUCACUUGAUGUUUGAUGCCGAAGGUGGAUUGGAACGACGACCCGAAGAAGAGCUAUUAGCUGCGGAGCGUCAUGACGUUGUUGCGCGUAUCCAGGUAUGCGAGCUUAUGCCGAACGGCAAGUACGUGCCAGUGCAAGUAUCAGCACAAAACGAGCUCGACCGUGGUGUGUUUACGCUUCGUCAAGGCUUACAGCGACGCAUCAACGUGACCUUGUACCACACAUCCGGGCGACAGCUUGAAUGGACAUCGAUCUGCAACGCAACGAUCGGACGACCCCGGUUUUUGGAUGGCAAAGGCCGGAUUUUAGACCCACCCAACGACAGCGGCCAAGUACCCAUCAAGAUGACGCGCCACCAUCAAUCAGUCGUGUACAAUAACGACGGUACGAGCGAGCUAGCAGCAUACGGUGCAUGGGACAGCUCACAACACGAGUGUCCCUUUUUGAACUGCAUCACGACGACCCAGUGCCGUGUCUUGCUCGAGUUGAAAUGGCAAGUGGAGGCGGAAAAAUGCGAAAAGCCGAUGCAGUUCAGCACGGAUAUUGCAGUGCAGAUCCACGGGCGGGACAAGGGCAGCAGCACGUCGUCAGCCCUGCGUAAAUUCUUGGGUCAAUCCAACAAACGGGUGCUCUCAAACUUUAAUGCCAUCUUUCUGGUCCAGCUCAACCCCCCGAUGACGCGUCGUGUCAGCCAGCUGUGGCGUCUCAAUACCGCUUCCAAGUAUGUCCGUGGCGAGGAAUUGCUGAUGGAUUACUGGCGUCCGCGUGGGGUUUCUUUGGUUAACGAUUACCACGAGGUCCAUCGCAACAAGAUUGCACGGCUAGAACAGGUCGCUUCCACUGCUCAGGCAUUGACGCUCAAAGCGGCCCAGUCACAGACAAGCAACGGAUCAUCGAUGGCUGUGGAAGAAGCAGCAGCAACGCCGUCGUCGGAGCAUACGGGAAAACUGUUGCGUAAAGUGAUUGAUCUAUGGACUAAGAAGUCGGUUGCAGCUGAGAUGACGAUUAGUCAAGAUCCCCCAGCAGCCAAAGAUCCGAACCAGAACAAUCCUUUGCAACCGCAGCAGGAACAGCAGGAACAGCAGCAGCAGCAGCCUUCAGAUGCUAAACUGUUGGCUGAAGUUAAGCUCGUCAGCAAGACCGGCAAUGUAUCCAAGAAGGGAUACCUCACAUACCAAGAAAACGCCCUCGACAACAAAUGGGUCAAGCGAUGGUUUGUCAUCCGAAGACCCUAUAUCUACGUUUAUACCAAUCGGUCAGAGACCGACGAACAAGGAGUGAUCAAUGUAUCCUCCGUGCGAGUAGACUACAACCGGGAACUGGAGAAGAUGAUCAAUCGCAAUCAUGUCUUCUCCCUCUACACGAACAACAACGCAUAUACGCUCCAAGCGAGCUCGAAGGCUGAAAUGACGGACUGGAUCACCAAGAUUGACCAACUGUUUCCGCUAGAGAAGCUCAGGAGCAACACCAACGAUACCAGCGUCAUCUGCUAAACUUAUACAUAUCAUAUCAUCAUACCAUUCUAACGUAUUGCCAAUCUUUACUUGCUCUCUCCCUCGAUCCCUCAUCAUCAUCAUCAUCAUCAUCCCUAUGAUACGCACACUUGCUUUUGAACACACCCUACAUGCGCUCUCUCUCUCUAACUAUGUAUGUACACCUUUUUUCUUUUCGAUACUCUCUUCGUACGCUGUUAUUCUUCCUUUCUAUACUGUACCAUGUUUCUUUUAUUAUAUGUAAAUACCUUACACACAUCUAUUACACACACACACACACAAUAGGCUCUCUUUCUCUCUCUUAUGUAUGCUCUCCUUUUUUUCUGUUAAAAACUCGUUUAGAUCGUUGUUCUAAAAAUUGUUGUACUACGCUUUAACACUAUUAUAUAUGUAUAUAUAUAUAUAUACUAUACUAUUACUACCACUACUGCUACUACAGUAGUUACGACACUC